AAAGUUACUAAACAACCCCCUAGAAUUUUGGGGUUUGGCAUUUUACACUCCUCAUCAAUCAUCAUACACAUCAGAGUAGAACUUUGCGGUUUGGCAUUUUACACUGCUCAUCAAUCAUCAAUUCAUCAUAUACACAUCAGAGUCAUACUACUUUCUCUCAAUCUCUUCAAUUGCGAGGGGGCCAGUGAAGAAGAUGCAAGACGCAGUGGAGUUGGUUUUCGUUCCAUUCCCAGGAAUGGGUCACAUCCGACCUGCCAUUGAUAUGGCUAAGCUCCUCAUACACACACAACGCAAUCUCUCCGUUACUCUUCUCGCCACCACCUUUCCUAACGAUUCCAAGGUCACUUCUUACCUGGAAUCAUUCCUCAGCAACAAUGACUCCAGAAUGAAGGUCAAGCCACUCCCUAACGACGAAUCUGCUCUCAAGAAUGUGAACACCAUGGCCAGCGCUUUCUUCCGCUCCUUCAUUGAUUCCCACAAGCCUCUCGUCAGAGACUGCGUUCAAGAGAUCGUGGGUUCGUCGGGUUCUGUGAGGCUAGCCGGGUUUGUGGUGGAUGCUUACUCUUCCGCCAUGGCUGAUGUGGCUGAUGAGUUUGGGGUACCCACCUAUGUGCUAAACGCCUCCGGUGCAGCUAUGCUGGGUCUUCAGUUGCAUCUACAGAGCCUUAGAGAUGACCGCGGCGUAGAUGUGACGGAGUUGAAAGAUUCCGAUCCGGAUCUGACUGUCUCGGCUUACCUCAACCCUUUUCCGGUUAAGCUGUUGCCGUUUGUUGCGCGAGAGAAGACGGGCUGGUCGACCUUUUUCUUGGAUGUUGCCAAACGAAUGAGAGAGGCUAAAGGUAUCAUCGUCAACACCUUCUUUGACCUAGAGUCGCAUGCACUUGAAUCUCUCUCUGAGGACGAGAAGGUCCCACCUGUGUACCCUGUGGGACCCUUAUUGAACCUAAACUCUGAAAACAACCAAGAAUCCGAGAAGGAAAUCCUGGAAUGGCUGGGUCACCACCCAGACUCAUCAGUUGUGUUCCUUUGCUUCGGAAGUGCGGGUUCUUUCACAGAGUCUCAAGUGAAGGAGAUCGCUUAUGCCCUUGAGCGUAGCGGGCACAGGUUCCUGUGGACCUUGAGACGGCCACCGACUCAAGGCUCAUUCUUGCCCACGGACUACAACAAUCCGACAGAAGUUCUACCGGAAGGAUUCCUUGAAAGAACUAAAAGCAUAGGAAAAGUUAUCGGAUGGGCGCCGCAAGUUGCAGUGCUAGCUCACCCGGCUAUCGGGGGAUUCGUGUCACACUGUGGAUGGAAUUCGAUUCUGGAGAGCGUUUGGUUUGGAGUGCCGAUGGCUACAUGGCCGAUUUACUCGGAGCAGCAGGCGAAUGCGUUCCAAGUGGUGAGGGAGAUGGGAAUAGGAGUGGAGAUCAAGAUGGAUUACAUAAUCGAUAUCAUGGAUACAACAAAGAUUCCAGAAAUAGUGAGUGCGGAUGUGAUAGAAACCGGAAUCAGGAAGCUUAUGGUUAUGGACCGCCAUUCCAAUCCCGCAAGGAAGAAGGCCGAGGAACUGAAAGAACAGAGCAGAGCGGCACUAGCUGAGGGUGGCUCUUCAUACAGUUAUCUUGGACGUUUCCUUGAGCAAGUUAUGACCAACCUAGGCAGCUAGCAGUUGUAUCAUGUGGUUUUUUUUUAAUGGAGUAAGUGAUAAUAAGAAUAUGAAUUUUCAAGACUUUUAAUAUAGAAAAUACUUUUCUCUUC